GAGAGCGGUGGCAAGCCGAGGCUCGGAGACGGGCAACAUGAACCUGAAGGGGAACCGCGGGCGCCUAUACAGCACUCGGUGCUGUGGCUGCUGCCAUGUCAGGACUGGCACCAUUAUCCUGGGCACCAAAUAUAUGGUUGUGAACCUGCUGAUGGGAAUCCUCCUCACAGUGAAAGUAACCCACCCCGAUACCGUGCCAACAGUCGAUAUUCAGUAUGAAGUCAUUGGCAACUACUAUACUUCAGAGAGAGUGGCCGAGAAUGCCUGUGUCCUCUUCGCCAUUACCCUCCUCCUGUUCACCAUGAGCGCAAUGAUGGUCUAUGGAGCAAUCACUCAUCGGGGAGGCUGGCUCAUACCGUUCUUCUGCUACCAGCUGUUUGACUUUGCCCUCACGUGCCUCUUUGCAAUUGGCUCCCUGACAUAUCUUCCUGGCAUUAAAGAAUAUUUGGAACAGUUGCCUGACUUUCCCUAUAAGGAUGACAUGCUUUCCCUGGAUUCCAGCUGCCUUCUCUUCAUUGUUGUGAUUGUGGGGGCACUUAUCAUCCUAUUGAAGGCCUAUUUGAUUAAUUGUGUGUGGAACUGCUACAAAUACAUCAGCAACAGAAACAUGCCAGAGAUUGCAGUGUACCCCGCCUUUGAAACCCCGCCACAGUACCUGCUUCCUACAUACGACAUGGCCAUUAAGAUGCCCGAGAAGGAGAAGGAUCCCCCUCCACCUUAUAUCCCCGCAUAAUGCCCCAAAGAGCUUCUGCUGGAACCCUGUGGUGCCCGGAGGCUCUGCGGCUGGAACCCUCGGGGGAACCCAUUGUCAUCGCUAGUGCCGCAAAGAUGAAUACAGAUGAAAAAGUGUAUUUUUGUGCAUUAUAUUUGUAUUGCCUUAACAUGUAAAUCUAAUAUGUAUUUCAUUACUCGCCUUCAGACAAUCUCUUCUACUGAUUAACGUUUACUGGGAGAGUUAGGCUUGGGGAAGGGUUAAUAGCGCCUCUUUUCUGCGUAUUCUUCGUGUUUUAUUCCCACCCUGCUUUUUGUCUGCUGUAUAUGUGUAAGUGUUCAUGCCUUAACUGAGGGUCGGCAGACUCACACUACAGCUCCCAGCAUCCUCGGCAACAGCACGUGCACAGCGGGGGCUUGUGGGAGUUGUAUGGCAGUUGGCUAUCCUUGCCUUAACCCUUUCACUGCAAGAGAGCAAUGCAACAGAUUGCAGGCAAUGCAUUGGCGCUGCUUGAGGCAAGUGAAGGUAUUUAUAAAAGAAAAAAAAAUGUUUUCUUAGCGGUUUGGUUGUUUUUAUCAGCAUGGCGGUACUGUGAGCGAACGUACGCGGUAGUACUUGUGACACAUGCGCUGUCGCACACAGCCUUAUUCUUUUAACUUGUGUGCAACCUUUUAAGUGGUUACAUUUAUGCUUUAAUAAAUCUUUGUAGAAA